GCUUCUUCGAAGGGUGUCAACAACACCGUCAAGGGAGAGUGUAUUGUAUGAUACGCUUAUAGUUAUGCGGGGAGGUUCAGUCACCUAGAAAAGAAUGAGCUGGCUAGAGACACUGAAGACAGUCGGCGCACUGGCACUGUCAGCAAUCCAAUUCUUCGCACAUCUACUGUACAUGCUCUCAAUACCGCUGCGGUGGCCCCUCUACUACGUCUACGCCUCGAUUGUCUUCUUGUUGUCACCGAUAUGGGUCAUUGCUAGUCUCGGGCUCCGUACCGCAUCUUUCGCUAUCAAUCUUGUGGCAAGACUUAAGUACCUCUACGUCUACCUCGCUUGUGCUGUUUUUAUAGGAGCUUGCGUCGGCUUUCUACUAUAUGGGGCAUCGAAUUUCAUGUUUGUACUGCUAGGCUGGGAUGCCGCGUCUGAACGGCAAUCUUUUCUAGUUAGGGAACAAGUGAAGGAGAAUGAGUAUGAUAAUGAAUCAAGUUCAAGCGUUGAGCGGCAGCGUUCUGACAAAGGAGGAGGCCUCGUUGAUAUAAACCCGAAUGACCUGUUUGAGAAACAGUGGAAGUUGGUGAGAACGCCUGUGCAACCCAGGAGACGACGCAAAGGUUUAUUGGGACAGACUAUAAUGGAGGAGAGCAGCGAAAGCGAAUUAUCGUAAGCUUAAUAUAAUUUUAAGGUUGAUAAUAUGUACUUUACUAUUGUCCCUAGCAAGAUACCAACUAGAUUGUUCACCGCAAGUUUAUAUUUCUUGUCCUUUCCCAAGGGCUUACAUAACGGAAAUUGAGACAGACUAUAGCCGCCGGAUCAUAAU